AUUUUUGAUUUUUCACUUAAUUUAGUUAAUUUAAGUUAUUCCAGUUUCUAAAUUGACAAAUGUUCAGUACGGUUCAGUUUCCUUUUUUGCAUAAAUAAUCAUUUUGUAAUAAGUAUUCAAUUUUUGCAUGUGAGAAUCGCCUCGCGCUAAUGGUCGAGAAAAGUUCAUAAAAACUGCAAACAUAGUUCAUCUACAAUAGUGAAGAAAGAAUAUAGGUACACUGCUAAAAAAGAAAUGAACCCGAACUACUUUCGAUCCAAACUACCCAAAUUCAAAACAUAUGCUCAUCCGGCAGAUCAACAGAAUCAAAAAACCAGCAUGGCUAAUUACCGAGAAAUUAUUCCAAACAGAAAACUAACGGUGAAGAGAGGCGUGUUUCCUUACGCAAUUCACGCUAAUCCAGUUUCAAAACAAGAGGUAUUUGGAAAGGACCAACAUCUUUCAAAUGAUCAGAACGAUAGUUUUCAGAAGCAGAAAAAUGUUUUCAAUUUAUUUAAUGAGAAAAAUCCUAGUGGAGAACCACUAUUCGAAAACAAAACUAAACCAGCAGCAUCGACUGGAUUUUUUGGAUCGAAUACACAGCGGCAGGCAACUCCAAUUCCAUCAAAAUCGAAGAAUCCAGGAAACGAAGAUGUAACCCUUUCGAGUUCCAGUAACACCACGAAGAUUAAUAAGAAAGUUUUAUUAGAUCAGUAUCUUACGGAACAGUACAACGCCGUUGUUAAAGCCAAAAAUUCUUCCACUACUCGACAUAAAUUCAUGAAUUUUGAUGCUCAGGAGGCGUUUCAAAUUUGUACGUACAAACGAAUCGGUGAAGUUAUGAAUGAAUCGAUAAUCACAGCUAGUUCGAGAUUCAAAUGCUCCUUAGAACUGACGUCAAAAAUUCGAAAGAACUUGUGCAAACUACACAUAGAAAGAAAAAAUGAACAAAAUUUGGAAGAAACUCGUGCAGAGUUUCCCGACUGCCCAGCUGAUAAAUGCGAACCUGCUACUCAUAAAGAAAAUCGACCUCGUGAAAAUGUGUUCGCCUCCUCUCCCAAUAACGUAUUUCCGGAGAAAAAACGUGCAAAAAAUGAAAAUAAAAUGGACUUCAGAAAUGGCGGAUUUCGAUUUGAUGAUUCAACUAUCGAAAAUGAUAGGCUAUCGUAUUGGAAAGGAAACAAUAUGCGUAAUCAACUAAACGGAGGAAAUGAUAGAAAUUAUCAACGUUCUCCUCGUCUAUUUGGUGUGCCGGAAAAAAGCAAUGGUUAUAAUCUGACACCUUCGUCACCGCCAAAUAUUAAUCGUAAUUUUGAAAAAGAACUACGUACGCCAGUUUUUUUGGGAAAAGCGCAUAAUCGCGAUAAUAAAAAUAUACCUUUAUCGCCAACCCGCGGAGGAAACUUUUCACCGAACGAUCAUUUGGAGUCUGGAUGUAAAGCUGUAAAUAGUCCAACGUUAUUCUUCAGUGAUACAGUUGAUUCUCCAAUUACUCCGAAAAAUGAUGAGAAUAUGAAUGCGACGAUGCCUGCCAAUAACAAGAUGUUUUCUUUGGAUUCUGCUGUUUUCAAGAGAAAGUUUAGCCCGGAAUUAGCUAAUCCUAUCGAAAUUUUGAAAUGCUCUCGCAGAAAAUCAAAGUCGAAUAAAAAGAAAACGCCGCGGGAGAAAAUAAUUACACCUAAUCCUUCGUAUUCUGAUUCGACUUGUCAUGGCGCUCGUUUCAAACAUUACAAUGGAUAUCGUGAUGAAAAGUUUCUUACAAGACGUUAUAAAUAUUCUAAGUUUAAUUUAAACGAAGGAAAAUAUUUUUCAUAACUCUAUGAAUGGAGGUAGCCUAGUUGUUAUGAUGUUUAAAUUGUUCCAAUUUCAUUUUUGGUUUUAUAAUAUCAGUGUACCUAUCUAUAUGAAUGUACUUAUCCGUAAUUGAGUAUAAAAUACAAUAAUGUUAAAAAAUCUAACAAAGAUGCAUGUCAACAGUCAAACAUCUACUGUUGAAUUCUAUGCCGCUGAUAAAGAUAUCGGUUGUUCAACGAUUAUUGUUCCUGUGUUAUGCGAUAGUACUAUUUUAGUCUUUAGAUUAGUUUGUGUUCUAGUACAUAGAAGAAUAUUUUGUUAUUUUUGUGUUCAAGUUUUGAGUGAAUCUAAAAUGUAUUCGAAAAUAUUA